GAAGGGAUCGAUGCGAUUGACUGGACGGGAUCGCCAUCUUGAAAAGUGUCCUCCAUUGCCAACUAUUUCACGUUGGUCACAUCCUCUCAGUUUUAAAUGUUUGAUUUUCCCGGUCACGUUUUUUAUGUAUUUGUGUUUGGCGUUGAUUAUUGCUUUCGGACUAUCGGGAAAAAAAUUCAUGCUGGAGACUCGCUGUUCUCAAAUUUGUCGGUAGGUACACUGGCUUCAGGAACGACUUGUCAGCAGUGAUUCUUGCAACACCGGUGGUGCACCUCUGGAUGCGCGCCGCUUUUGUGAUAGUCAUUUCGGUUUUGCUGACUAACCUGGAAGUGCUGACUAACCUGGAAUGGGCCACACAUGUCGCACCCCAGUACGUCUUUUGUUUUAACUUGAGCUCUGGUGUCUGGACUACCUACAACUAGGAAAAAGUAUGUUUUGGAAAUUUGACCUCCACGCCACAUCCCACAUUGACACUCUGCUGGAGAGGGAAGAUGUUAGACUAACGGAUAUAAUGGAUGAGGAGGAUGUUCUGCAAGAGUGCAAAGCCAAAAACCACAAACUGGUUGACUUCCUUCUGAGACCAGAGUGCAUGGAGGACCUUGUCACCUUCAUCACGCAAGAACCGGGUGCUGAUGUUGAGGAAAACAUUAAAUACAAGUAUCCCAACAUAUCUUGUGAGCUUCUUACGUCAGAUGUGAGCCAAAUUAAUGACCGAUUAGUGGAAGAUGAGAAAUUGCUGAUGAAAUUGUACAGCUUUCUCCAGAAUGAGCCACCUCUUAAUCCACUUCUGACCAGCUUCUUCUCUAAGGUCAUGUCUAUUCUUAUAGGACGCAAACCUGAACAGAUAGUGACGUUUCUCCGGAAGAGGGAGGAUUUUGUAGACCUGAUGAUCAAACACAUAGGGACAUCAGCCAUCAUGGACCUGCUUCUUCGAAUGCUCACCUGCAUUGAACCACAGCUGUUGCGACAAGAUGUCCUUAAUUGGCUGAAUCAGGAAAAUAUCAUUCAAAGGCUUGUGGACAUGGUGCAGCCCUCUCAGGAUGAUGAUAGACACUCAAACGCCUCACAGUCACUGUGUGAGAUUAUCAGACUGAGCAGAGACCAGAUGUUCCAGGUCCAGGGAUGCCUACAGCCAGACCCAUUACUGGCUACACUUGAAAAGCAGACCACAGUGGAGAAGUUGCUAUCUCAUAUCUUCGACAAGGAGAAGAAUGAAUCUGCAAUUGUCAGUGUUAUCCAAAUCCUUCUUACAUUGUUUGAGACAAGACGACCAGCGUUUGAGGGCCAUAUGGAAUGCUCCCCUAGAAUGUCCAACCCUUCAUUCUCAGUCAGCCAUAGCAUUUUGGAGGCUGUGAGACCACGACUCAAAGACUUUCAUCAACUGCUGCUCGAUCCCCCAAAGAAGGACAUGAUGAAGACCACGUGGGGGGUGCUGGAUCCUCCUGUGGGGAACACAAGGCUCCAUGUGGUCAGACUAGUGGUCAGUCUGUUGCAAACCAACACUCCCUCUAUCAAUAAAGAGCUCAUUCACCUCAACACCCUGGGAGUAAUACUUGAUAUGUAUUUCCGAUACAGCUGGAACAACUUCCUCCACAUACAGGUGGAAAUUUGUACAGCUGUGAUUUUGGUCAUGCCCCCUUUCACCACUGAAGUCCAGCUAGACACAGAACAGGAAAAUGCAAGCGAGAGCAUCCUCGUCAGACAUUUGUUUCAAAAAUGCCAUUUCAUACAGAGAAUCAUUGACGCUUGGAACACAAAUGAAAAGGAACAGCUAGAAGGUGGUCGGCGGCGAGGCUACAUGGGUCACCUCACUAGAAUAGCUAAUUCAAUACUUCAUAACUGUGACAAAGGCCCUAACGGAUUGCAGAUACAACAGCUCAUCUCUGAGCUAAAAGUAGAAGACAGAGAAAAGUGGGAGGCCUUCAUAUCUGGGCAGCUUGCUGACACAAACAAGAGAAACACUGUUGACCUGGUGACUACACAUCAGAUCCAAUCCUCAACUGAUGACGAGAUUGACUUUAAAGAUAGCAGCUUUCACCAUGACUCAUCUCUACAACAAGCGUUUUCUGAUUAUCAGAUGCAACAAAUGACGUCCAAUUUUAUUGAGCAGUUUGGCUUCAAUGAUGAAGAGUUUGCUGAUCCAGAUGAUGUUUUGGAUAUUCCCUUUGACAGAAUAUCAGACAUCAGUUUUUCACUCAAUACAAAUGAAAGUGUGAAAGUAGCUAUGUUUGAAGCACGCUGUCGAGAGAAAAUCCAACAGUUUGAGGAUGCUGGUUCGGAUGAGGAAGAUAUCUGGGAUGAAAAAGUCACCUUUAUACCAGAAGCACAGAGGCGCCCCAGGAGUGCGGGAAGUACAGACAGCGAGGACAGCACUGAUUCGGAGGAAGAAGAUUCCAAGAAAGAUGCGUUUGAAGCUUCUAAUCCCACCUCUGAAGACAUUAUGGAAGUUGAAACAGACACAGCAUGGAGUGGCUAUUCUGCCCCGAAUUCCAACUCAGAGACAGGAUGGGCUGACUUCUCCAACUUUUCCCCCAAUAGCCCCAAUGACCCACUACUGUGCAACACCCCUGUUGCUAUGGAAACCAACAUAGAGAAACUGGAUCCGCUGGGCGUCAUUGGACCGUUAUACUCAGAAGAAAGUCAUGGCUGGCUUAGUCCUAGUAUUUCUUCUUCCUCUUCCAUCACAUCUAAGGGUUGUGGAAGAUCUAAAAUGGCGGAUGAAACUACCUGCAAUGUGCAGCGCAGUAUUACAGAUACAGUCAUCAACGGCUCCAUAAAAGAGACUUUCAGCCUUACUGUUGAUGCAAAAACUGAGACGGCUGUUUUCAAGAGAGUGUUGAAAUCGUAUCGCAAUGACAAGUGCAAGUAUGCAAUGGAAGUCACUUAUGGCCCUCGAGAGGAAAUGUCGACCAGAGAUGAUGCCAAAUUGGACCAGAGUGCCGUUUUCUCAGAUCCAGCAGUAAAUGGACCACCAUGAGAAUUGUGUAUUUUCAGUUUCUGGCCCUCAUAAUCGAUCAUUGAGAAGAUUCUCCCGAGGGAUUAGCAGAGACCACUGGUCAAACGUGGUCAUUUGCUUUCUCCAACAAAAUCUGCAACAUUGCCAUCAGUUUAGAUAAAUGACAAUGUUGUACUGUUGUUUUAAUCUGCAACUGACAGCUUCUCAUACAGAUUUAUUUAGGAAUGUUACUAUGGUUGAAAAGAUGAUUGUAUGAAUAAAAUAUUUUCUAAAAUGUAAA